AGUCACAACGGCACUCAACUAUGCAAAAACAACAAACAACUCAUUUCAAGAUCUUGGUUCCAGUUUUCUUUCUUGGCAUUUCCCCGUGGCCUUUUUCUUUCUGUCGUCCAUUCUGUCUUCUCUCUCUCUCUCUCUCUCUCUCUCUCUAAAACCCUUAUCUUUUCUCUCUACAAGUCCCCAUUCACAUCUCUUCUCUCUCAACUCAUAGAAUUUUCUGGUUCUGAGUUCCGUGGGAGAAAAUGGAGGAAUUCAUUGGAGGCAAGAAGUUCGAUCUGGCGGAUCAAACAGAGAAAAGGCCCGAGUUCUGUAUCAAUGACAAUAUGGAUGUUCUCAUAGAGAUAUUGAAGAGACUUGAUGAUCGGACACUAGGCGUGGCUGCGUGUGUUUGCAGGAUGUGGUGCUCGUUAACUCGGAACGAGUCGCUAUGGGAACACCUGUGCUUCCGCCAACUGUCACCACCACCCGAGGGUGUGCGGGCAGUCGUGGCGGCGUUAGGUGGGUAUCGAAGACUGUACAUGGGCUGUGUGAAGCCUGUACGAGAGCUAAGUGUGGUACGUGAGUUGGACAGAGUCUGGACUCGGCAUGAGGUGGAACUCUCCCUAUCUUUGUUCUGUGUGGACUAUUAUGAAAGGGUUUUGCUUGGUGAUGGUGGCAGACUCGGUGGUGACUCGGCACCCUCCGCCUCCUCGCUCAUUCUCCUUUGCAAAGAGAUGAACGUGUGAUUAGACGGACCAAGAGCAUGUUAUAAGGAGGAGGUUGAAAAAGUAUGAGCAAUUUUAAUAAUGAUUUGAAUUUGUAUUGCCA